AUGAAUAGCAUCAACCAGGAUAUUCUUUUUUGGCUCGACCGCAUCCCUCCUCAUUCCUUCCCUUCUGCACAACCUAUCUCCAAGAAGCGGUCCCUCUCCAACAGUGGUCCUCUUCCCUCGCCGCCUCACUCACCAGAGUCUGGCUCUGAGGAGAUGCCGCCCGUCACUCCCGUCGCCAAGAAGCGCAAGACGCUUGGUGAUUUACCUUCCCUCGCGCGCCGUGAACAAGGACAGGAUGACGAGGAGGAGAAUGAGCAGACACCGAGAGCUGAGCCCUCACUGUCUGAUGAUCGUUCUUCCCAACGCACUGGUAGUACCAGUGCAUCCGGCACCUCAUCUCCCACCAAGGCUUUGAGAGCGCUCAAGUAUCAGGAAGAUGGACUGGACCAUGUGAAGCUCGACUUGUCGGAUAAGACACUUCCGGCGUCUCUAGUUGAACUGGCGAACGACAUGCAAGACAUUGGCAAUGGCGAGGGUGUUGUACCUGGGUAUCUCAAGGAUGAGAUCAAGGAUCUUGGCAGAACGACAGCCGCCCAUGGCAGUUUCAAGUCUUACCGAUUUGAUGAUGAGGACAAGCGAUACCCCAAAGCUUCGCAUCGGCGGCUCAGUCUUGGUGAUGUCCUUCAGGUUGUGAGCGAUGCUCGAGACUGCGAUGAGUAUCAGGCCGAUGAAACGUAUUGGAACAACCAUGUUCACACCUCCCUCCUCAACAUCAUCUUUCGUGGAACCAACCCUUGUCCGACACAGCUCGAUGGUUUCAAAUCUUGCACCACAGCCUCCAUCCUCCCCGAGUAUAAGAUCAACGCCACCGCCGGCAAGAAGGUCGACUAUGCCAGCUUCAUCAAUCCAGAGCAGGACAAGCUCCUCCCCAACGCCACCAAGCUCGUCGACAAGAUCUGCGCCAGUGCAACUGACAACAGCAUCAACCACACCAGCUUCCAACGCCUCCUCGAUCGACCUAUCUCUUUCAGCAUUGAGACAAAGCGCGGUGCACAGAUGGCGCAAAAGGCGGAGCUUCAGAUGGGCGUAUAG